CUCACUCUCUCUCCUGAAUUUAUAUGAAUCUACGUGAAGAGAAAUUCUCUUUCCCACUACCCGUUACGGUUUCUCGAUAAAAGAAAGAAGAAAUUCAGCGAAAAAGGGUUUUUAGAGAGAGAAAGAGAGAAUGGGAAAGAUUAGAGCGAGAAAGACUGUUUUUGGUGUUCAUUGUCGUUCUACUUUUAAUCACAAAAAAUCCCAAUUUUCAUAUUCAUACGCCCAAGAACAAAUACUAUUGCUGUUAAUAGUUUUAAUUAUUAUUAAUACACUCUCCACACAUUUACUUUUGUUUUUAUACAUUUAUUAUUAUCAGAAAUCGUCAAUCUUGAAAUCUCACCGCACAUCUCUAUCACUCAUGAUGAUAAUAUUAUGUUAGAUACAAGAUCAUAGGUUGAUAGAGAGAGAAAGGGUUUGUAGUGAGAGAAAGUUUUGUUGAUUUCUUCUUCUACUUAUUAUUAUCUUUACUUUUUCGUCAACAAUACCCUAAUUUCAGAUGUCUACCGCCCUCCUUGCAAACCCUAUUUGUUGAGGGAGAAACUUCGAUUUGGUGCACACCAAGUGUUUGAUGUCUUGAUUCACCCUGUUUGCUGUGUUGGGUUUGAUCUCAAUUUCAACACCCAGCUGCCCUUUUCGAUCUUCUUUAGCAAUGGAUGGUGCUAGCGCCCAUGGCGGCGGUGUUUCGGAAGGGGACAACAAGAAUUCAGGGGAAGGGGGAGAGCCAAAGGUGAAGAGGAAGAUGAAGACGGCUUUCCAGUUGGAGGUUCUGGAGAAAACUUAUGCUGUGGAGACAUAUCCAUCGGAGCCUCUUCGGGCACAGUUGUCAGUCCAGUUGGGGUUAACAGAUCGCCAGUUGCAGAUGUGGUUUUGCCAUCGGAGGUUGAAAGAUAGGAAAACUCCACCAGUGAAGCGGCCAAAGAAAGAAAUGUCUGGUGGGGUUGGGGAUGACAUGGUGGCAUCUGGGGAACGCUUAGGUGGAAAUGAGCCUGGUGGGUCUGGUGGGUCGGGUUCUGGGUCAAGUCCAUUUGGGCAUACGGACCGAGUUGUGGCUAGAGCUGGUCCAGCUGUUAGUGGGAGUGGGAGGGUUGCAGUCACAGCUCCAGCUGCAGUUGCAACAACUACUGAGAUGCCAUCUAUGAAGAGGUAUUAUGAGCCUCCACAUGCGGUUUCUGAGGUUCGAGCCAUUGCUUUUGUUGAGGCACAGUUAGGGGAACGAUUACGUGAGGACGGCCCUAUUCUUGGAAUGGAGUUUGACCCAUUGCCGCCGGGUGCAUUUGGUGCACCUAUAGUUCAACAGAAGUCAGCAGUUCGACCUUAUGAAGGCAAACCAUAUGAGCGCCCUGAUGCAAAACCGGUGAAGGGUGCUGUGAAGGCUCUCCAUGAAUACCAGUUUCUUCCAGAACAACCAUCUGUUAGAAGCGAUUCCUAUGAUAGAGCAACCCCAGCUCGGUAUUAUGGUUCUCCAUCUGAUGUUGCAACUAGUCGGACACCUGUAACCACCGGACGUUCUUUUAGUCAUGGAAACGAUCCAAUAGCCUCUGGAUACGGUUUUCAAGGACCCAUUGCAGGUGUAAGUCUUGUACCUCAACAAGGAAGGCAGGCCCCCCUUUUGCUGCCUCCUCCGGCUGGAGAAUUUGAUAAUGCUGUACAUAAAAGCUCUACAAUAAGCCCUGGAAUGGAAACUCAUCUUGGUGCUCACCCGAUAACUGGAAUAGAGAAUCCAUUUGCUACACCAUCAGAAAAGCGAACUACCCAUGAGGAGGAUAUUGCACGAAUUGAAAGAAAACGGAAGAGUGAAGAAGCUAGAAUAGCAAAGGAGGUUGAAGCCCAUGAAAAACGGAUCAGAAAAGAGCUUGAAAAGCAAGAUAUGUUGAGACGAAAGAGAGAGGAACAAAUGAGGAAAGAAAUGGAGAGGCAAGAUCGUGAGCGCCGGAAAGAGGAAGAACGUUUGUUGCGUGAGAAGCAACGGGAGGAGGAGAGAUACCAAAGAGAACAAAGACGUGAAAUGGAGCGGAGGGUGAAGUUUUUACAGAAGGAAUCCAUGAGAGCCGAAAAAUUACGACUUAAAGAAGAUAUGCGAAAGGAAAAGGAGGCUGCAAGGCUCAAAGCAGCUAAUGAUAGGGCUGCUGCUCGAAGAAUUGCAAAAGAAUCAAUGGAACUAAUUGACGAUGAGCGUUUGGAAUUGAUGGAGAUAGCUGUGUCAAGUAAAGGGUUGCCUUCUAUGCUGUCUCUUGAUAGUGAGACUUUGGAAAGCCUCGAGUCACUAAGAGAUAUGCUCCCUGAAUUUCCACCCAAGUCCGUGCACAUGAAGAAGCCAUUUAAAAUCCAACCAUGGACUGAUUCUGAGAACAUCGGCAAUCUUCUUAUGGUUUGGAAAUUUCUGAUUACUUUUGCUGAUGUUCUUGGACUUUGGCCUUUUACUCUUGACGAAUUUGUGCAAGCUUUUCACGAUCAUGAUCCUCGGUUGUUGGGAGAAAUUCACGUGGCACUUUUGAGAUCCAUUGUUAAAGAUAUUGAAGAUGUAGCAAGGGCACCCUCAUCCUGUUUAGGAGCAAAUCAAACAAGUGCUCCUAACCCUGGAGGUGGCCAUCCGCAUAUUGUUGAAGGGGCAUUUGCUUGGGGUUUUGAUAUAUGUAGCUGGCAGCAUCACUUAAAUCCCUUGACGUGGCCAGAGAUAUUGCGCCAGUUUGCUCUUGCUGCAGGAUUUGGACCGAAAUUGAAAAAGAGGAAUGCCGAUCGAGCACAUCCACGUGAAGAAAAUGAGGGUGUUGAUGGUGGAGAUAUCAUUUCGAAUUUACGUAGUGGAGUGGCAGCUGAAAAUGCAUUGGCCAUCAUGCAAGAGAGGGGUUUCUCCAAUCGGAGAUCCAGGCAUCGGUUGACACCGGGAACAGUUAAAUAUGCGGCAUUUCAUGUUCUCUCACUCGAGGGAAGCAGGGGACUUUCUAUAUUAGAUGUUGCUGACAAGAUUCAGAAAUCUGGGCUUAGGGACCUCACCACGAGCAAAACACCAGAAGCGUCUAUUGCUGCUGCUUUGUCUAGAGAUACAAAGCUUUUCGAAAGAACAGCCCCUUCAACGUAUUGCUUACGCAGUCCUUACCGAAAAGAUCCUGCUGACGGUGAUGCGAUCAUUAAUGCCGCAAGAGAAAAGAUUCAUAUUUUUAAAAACGGUUACUUUGAUGGAGAAGAGGCUUUUGAUGCCGAAAGGGAUGAUGCUGAAAAAGACGAUGAUUCCGAAAGUGAUGUUCCUGAAGAUCCGGAGGUUGAUGAUAUUGCAGUCGAUUCAAAGAUGAACGAAAUAUCUCCUCUUUCUUCUCAUGAUCAGCUCUUUAGAGAAACUUCAUUUGGUGGCAUUGGAAAUUCCGCUGCUAUAAAAUCUGAAACUCUGGAAGAUAUGAGGGUUGAUUCUUCCAUUGACCAAUCUAACAUUAUUGGUGGGACCCACAAGGGGGCGACUGAUCUGGCCGAAGAUACUGUAGUUGACGAAAGUAUCUCCGGUGAGCCUUGGGUGCAAGGACUUAUGGAGGGCGAGUAUUCUGAUUUGACCGUUGAAGAACGACUCAAUGCUCUUGUUGCCUUAAUAGCUGUUGCCAAUGAAGGAAAUUCUAUUCGUGUUGUUCUAGAGGAACGGUUAGAAGCAGCCAUGUCAUUAAAGAAGCAGAUGUGGGCAGAGGCGCAAAUCGAUAAACGACGAAUGAAGGAAGACUUCAUGAUGAAAAUACAAUACCCGUCUGUUGAUGACAGAAGUGAUAUAGCAUCAAACAACCAUCAGGAAAUCUUGGGUGAUCCACAGAAUGAUUUGAGUAAUCCCAAUGAACUCUUGACUACUCCAGAUGGUUUUCCACUUCAACAACCUGCAUAUGCUGCUGAAAAGUCGAGAUCACAAUUAAAAGCAUUUAUUGGUCAUAAAGCGGAGGAGAUGUAUGUAUACAGAUCGUUGCCACUUGGACAUGACCGAAGAAGGAACCGCUACUGGCAGUUCAUUACGUCCGCUUCACGUAAUGAUCCUGGCUCCGGUAGAAUCUUUGUUGAGUUACGUGAUGGCUGUUGGAGGCUUAUCGACAGCGAGGAGGGCUUCAACAGUCUUUUGGCAUCUUUAGAUGUUCGUGGGAAUCGGGAGGCGCAACUGUAUUCUAUGUUGCAAAGGAUUGAGGCCCGUUUUAAAGAAUCCGCCAUCAAGAUGCAGGUCGAUGUUCCAGGAGCUGGAUAUGCGACUGCUUGUGGCUCCAAUAGCCCAAGCAGCACUGUAUCAAUUCCAAAUACAAAUAUUUUGGAAUUCUCAUCCUCUUUUGCAAUCGAGUUGGGACAAAGCGGAAAAGAGAUGACUAAUGCCCUGAAAAGAUAUGAAGAUUUUGAAAAAUGGAUGUGGGGAGAAUGCUUCGCUUUACGGGCAAUGAAGUUUGGGAAUGCUAGAUGUGAACACCUGCUACGAAUUUGCGAUAAUUGCCGUGAUUUGUCGUUCUUCGAGGAUAAUCAAUGUUUUUCUUGCCAUAAGCAAUGUGAGACAUUUCUCGGUAGCAACUUAGCUUUUUCUAAACAUAUAUCUCAGUUCAUAAAAAAGUUGAGACUGGAAUCUGCGUCCUAUUUUCACAAUCGGGAAUUCUGCAGUCCUGUGAGGUUCAGAUUGAUUAAAGCUCAAUUAGCAUUAAUUGAGGCUUCUAUUCCACUGGAAGCUCUACAACCUUCGUGGUCCGGCGAGUGCAGAAAAUCUUGGAGUGUGAAGCUGGUUAAUGCAGGAACAGCCAAAGCCCUUCUUGAGGUUUUGACGUUGUUGGAGAGCGCUAUAAGAAGGGAUUUUUUGUCCCUGGAUUUUGAAACGACAGAUGAGUUGUUGGGUUCUAAUAACUCGGUAACUUUACGUGCGACUGGCGUCUGCUCGACAGUUUCCAUGCUUCCUUGGCUGCCCGAAACAACGGCAUGUGUCGCGUUGAGGCUCAUGGAACUCGAUACCUCCAUUCAUUACUUGCUCAGCCAGAAAGAGGAUGCUGAAAAAGACAAAGGACCAACCAAUUUUCUGACUUUGGCGCCGAGAUAUGCGAUGAUGAGGAACGGGGAGGAGGGCGACCAUGGCGAAUCGUUAUUCGGAUCCGGGUACUUCCAAGACCCGUGGGCUGAUCCAGGCACCUCCGGCCGUGGCCGAGGGCGUGGAAGGGGUCGAGGACGGACCCGUGGAGGGAGAUCCCAGAAAAAUGCCGGUGCUGUUGGUUCCAGAUCGAGAGCUAAAACAGCCGAUAUGGGUCGGUCUGGUGGGCAAUUAGUCGGCUGGAAAGGGCGGACGCGUGGUGGUGGUCGGGGAGGCCGUAAACGUGGCCGCCGUGGUGUCCGGACAAAACCGCAAAAGAUGGCAAAGAUAGCUAAUGAUGAUGAAAGGGAUAUGGAUCAAGACUUCCUAUACGAGGAAAGUCCGGUCGUCGGUUUCCAAGAGUGGAAUGCUGAAGAAACCGCCGAUCUACGAGUUGCCGAGAACGCUAGUAGUUCAGAGUACGAGAUCGAAAACGACAAUAACGGACAGGCAUUGGUUGACGAAUACGAUGACGAUAUUAUGGUCGACAGUGGGUAUCGGAACGUUUACGAUGACGUGGCAUCUCGGGGGUAUAUCGGGGAAUUCGGUUUAGAAGGGGAAGAAGAGUAUGUUGGAGAGGAAGAUGAUGACGUUGAGGAGGAAGAUGAGGAGGAAGAUGAACAGGGUGGUGUGGAUGUUGACGGAUUCUUCAACGAUGACUCGGAUGGGAACCGGGAUGUCGGUGGAGGUAACAAUAAUCCAGAUGACGAGACGGAAUCGUCUUCAUCCGGUUAUAGCGAUUAAAUUAACAAACUAGUGUAGUGUAUUGAAUGUAAUGUAGAAGUAUAGUGAAGUUCCAAAUGUAAUGUUUGGUGCUGGAUUGUGUUUUAUGUAGAUUUUGGAAUAGGUCAAAAAAGAGAGAUGUAUGUUGAAAUAGAGAAGCUAAACCUUUAAGA